AUGGCACAGAGGUGGACCUGGGUCAUGGAAGACAUGCAGCUUGCAAUGCCAGUCGGAGCUGAGUUUGAGGCUAGCUGCGACCAAAAAGAGCCAGCCGCCUCGUUGCUUGGGUUCGCGAACCACGCCUCUGACCAGCGCCGGCUGUCCUCCGGCUCUGAAUCCUCCUGGACUGACACGGGCGAUAUUGGCGAACAGCUUGGCGACGAACACGAUCCCGUACGGCUUCAGCUGCCCGAAGAGCUUGAACAAGAGCUCCUCGCUGGUGUGCAGAAGCGUCAACCCAAACACCUCAAAAAGGUCCGCAUACACGAUCCGUCUCCGAGCCGUUACCAUCGAUCCCAGUCGUUACCUCGAAUCAUCGAUAAAGAGGCCAUCGAAAUCCCACAGGUUAAACCACGACGACCCUCACUUGCUGAACGUUGCAUUGGAGCCAUCAUGUCUGGGAGAUCGGGGUCCAUCCAUGGCCUGACGGGCAAGGCCUUGCUCUAUUUCACUAGCAUCUUUGUUUCGCUUGGCGUGUUUCUGUUUGGCUAUGAUCAAGGCGUCAUGUCGGGUAUUAUUACUGGCCCACACUUUAUCGAUUACUUCGAUCACCCUUCCAAAGCACAUGUUGGCACCAUGGUCGCAAUCUUGGAGAUUGGCGCCUUUAUUUCGUCGCUAGUCGUCGGUCGAGUAGGAGACAUUAUUGGCCGCAGACGCACCAUCUUGUACGGCUCUUGUAUCUUCUUCGUUGGCGGUGCAUUGCAGACGCUGGCAACCUCGAUGACCAUGAUGAUGGUCGGCCGUAUCAUUGCCGGUGUGGGUGUUGGUAUGCUAUCCACCAUUGUGCCAGUGUAUCAGUCGGAGAUUUCUCCUCCCCAUAACCGUGGAAAGCUGGCAUGUAUCGAGUUUUCUGGCAACAUUAUCGGGUACACAACGUCCGUCUGGGUAGACUACGGCUGCGGUUUCAUCGAAAGCAACAUGUCGUGGAGAGCGCCGCUCUUCAUGCAGUGCGUCAUGGGUGCUCUCCUCGGGUUGGGCAGUCUAAUCAUUGUUGAAUCUCCAAGGUGGCUCCUUGACAACGAUCACGACGAGGAAGGCAUGGUGGUCAUUGCCAAUCUUUAUGGGGGUGGUGACAUUCACAAUCAAAAAGCCAGAGAGGAAUACCGCGAAAUCAAGAUGAACGUGCUGCUUCAGCGACAGGAAGGCGAACGAACUUACGCCGACAUGUUCAAAAGAUACAGCACUCGGGUUUUUAUUGCCAUGUCCGCACAAGCUCUGGCUCAGCUGAAUGGCAUCAACGUCAUCUCGUACUAUGCUCCAUACGUCUUUGAAUCGGCUGGUUGGGUUGGCCACGAUGCUGUCCUGAUGACAGGUUUGAACGGCAUUACGUACUUCUUGUCCACCAUUCCGCCCUGGUACUUGGUCGAUCGAUGGGGAAGACGCCCGAUCCUCUUGUCCGGCGCGGUAGCCAUGACCAUUUCGCUCUCACUCAUUUCGUACUUUAUCUACCUUGACGUCAAGUGGACGCCGAGAAUGGUGGUGCUAUUCGUUAUGAUUUACAAUGCGGCGUUUGGCUACUCCUGGGGUCCAAUUCCAUGGCUAUAUCCCCCAGAGAUUCUUCCCCUCAGCAUUCGAUCCAAGGGCGCUAGUCUGUCCACGGCUACCAACUGGGCUUUCAACUGGCUUGUUGGAGAAAUGACGCCAAUUCUGCAGGAAUGGAUCAAAUGGAGACUAUAUCUGGUGCAUGCGUUUUUCUGCACCGUGUCAUUUGUUAUCGUCUAUUUUGUCUACCCCGAGACCUGCGGUGUACGACUCGAGGAAAUGGAUUCGCUUUUCGGUGAUGCUAGCACUGUAAUGGGCACACCAUCCAUCCAUGCUGAUACCGAAUCCCUCAUUCGAGCCGGCUCACCGGGACCUUCUCGAGACAUUCCCGGCAUGUCGCUUGAUGCCGCCGCAGAAAUGGACGACGACCGCAAAUCACAAAUUCAAACUAGCGGUGGCGAAGACCGAAGCAUCGGCGGGUGGCUUUCCAGAGUCGUAGCCCGCGGCCGAUCACCGAGCGCGAACAGCAGCCAAGGUCGAUAUGCCCCCUUGGGCCAGCAGGAUGAGAAUCGCCGCAACGACGGCUGA